CUUUUUGACACAUCUCCGCUGCUAAUUCGCGCUGUGGGUACGCGCCACUGGAUCUGAGAAGAAAAAAGGACGCCGGAUCGUACGCUUAAUCCUGCCGCGAACUGGCGCUUCGCCGAAAUGGCCGUGAGACGAGUUUCCAUCGGGGGCUACGUCGCCAACGACGACACCGACACACAAGGACAGCGUUCCACAGGCAUCAAGAGAAGAACAAUAACAUUCGACGAAAUAAAGCAAACGGCCAUAACAGCGCCGGAGCCCUUUACGUCACCCCUGUCGUGUGCCUGGCUCGCCGUGGUGCUCAUCGGCCUGUUCGUCAUAGUGACCGUCAUUCUAACUCUCUGCUACACCUUCAAGAAAGGUCGCCCGCCUCUGCCGACAAGCCCUCCCGUCCUUCUGGUUGCACCUGGUCUCUAUGACCACUGUGCAAACGGCACAGAUGUGACGACGCCUAGCCAGGAAAGUGGCAGCCAGUACAUCACAGUGGCUAACAACAGUGUAGCCAGCAGUGAUCGAGAUGACGGGACGACAUCAUCACAUGUAACAUAGUUAUGCCCAAGUUAAAUCCUAUCACAUAUAGUUAUCAUAUCCAGUUAAUAAAUUCAUUUCACAAAGUGUUCACAA